UGGGCUCAACCGCCUCCCGGGGAUGGGGCUGAUCGGGACCAGACCCGACCGCUGCGGGGAUGGGGUGUGUGUUCGAGUGCGGUGGCGGAACGGCUGGGCGAAGUUGUGCCUCGUAAAGUGGACCGUUGACCGCUCCCCUGGGGCACAGGGCCCCGGGCUUAUGGGGUGCUCUCGCGCCCCCAAAGCCGGGACUGAGCUCCCUCAGGGGUAUGUGGCGAGGGGCGGGGAGGAGGAGGCUGAGACAUGAGGGAGGAGACAGCGAUGCAAGAGGGAAUAGGACCGUCCCGCCGACCACCGAAGGGGGCAUCAGAGACCCUCGGAGAAACCAAGCCCAGGGAGGAGCUUGGAAGGCAAGGAGAAGGUGAAGGGCUUUGUGUGCAGCUGUGGACCUUGACGGACUGCGCUCUCCUUGCCUUGUCUGUCCGUGCCUCCAGCCCCGCUGGGGCUAAGGGAGGGUGGGGGGCUCCUAGAAGGGCAGGAGAGAGGCGGCAGGUCAUCUUGGGUCCUAGUGAAUGAAAUGUGUGCCUCCCUUUUCCUCUCUUCUCCAUUCUAGCCCACUCAAAUGAGCGGCUUUGGGGCUGCCAUCAGACCGGGCAAAUGACACAAUAAGGACGGGUGGGUGGAGAGAUGGGCAGCAGCUCGCAGCCCAAGAGGGGUGGCUGUCUAGCCCCGGGAGGCAUUCCAACCACACGUGUCCAUGUAGGUAGGUGGUGGGGUGGUGGGCAAAGCUGGAACCUGCACCUCGCGGGGAUGCCGAGGCUCAGGAUUGUGCAUGGAGGCGCGGGUGAGGCGCAUGUUGGGAGGAGUGGGUGAGUAAAAGGUUGAGGGGGAGCAGCGACACAGAGGCGCUGAGUGUACCUUAUGGCCAGUGUACAUUAUGGCCAUGCAUCGGGAACUGACUACCACUUCCUCUGGGACUUUCCACGAUUUUCCUUUUUCCUAACCGCCUCCACCACCCCCCCCCCCCCCGCCCUGCCUCCCCCACAGGAGUGAAUCACCCACCCCUUGCUACAUGAACCCUGGGCUGAAUUGAAGUUGGUGAUGUAUCCUUGUCCUUGUAGUGGGCAUGUUUGUCCUUAACCUGUAGGGUGACACCAAUACUCCGCACCCCCUACUGCGUUACCCUCCUCCCUCAAGACUGAGCGUCUGGUAAAUGCGGUUGGAUAAUGGCUAGCGAGUUGAAUGUCUUUGAGUAGCUGUGGUGGAUGAGUGGGCAACUUUGAACACAGUCUAAGUGUGACUGUUGUAACUGAACUCAGCAUGCCUAAGGGGCCACACUCACUAUCUCUCCUUUCUCCCCUCACCUGAUUUUUUGUUGAUGCCCCCAACUGUUUACCUUCUUCUCUCAACAAGCCAACAUGUGGAUAUUAUUUAAUGUGGAAUACGUUUGAGGAACCAAAUGAACCUUUAAGAAUGCCACUUAUAUGGCCAGGCAGGAGUAUGCAAGGCUCAUGGUCGAAAGAAUGAUGCUGUAGGACAUGGAGAGAGCCCUGAGCCUGAUAUAAAUGGCUUUCGAGGUGAAACAAAACAUUUCUCCUUAGCUUCUUUGGGAGAGAUGAGGCAUUUGAACUGAGAUAAAGAAUGGAAUCGAGAAAAAAAACCAAGUUGUUUAGGAUGAGGGCAUGAGGAUAAUGAAGUGAAGGGAAGAGGCUCUGUGAAUUUAGAUGAUUUCUAGUUAGAACAUAUUGGCCGUGUGUGUGUGUGUGUGUGUGUGUGUGUGCGUGCGUGCGUGUGUGUGUGUUGGAAGUGGGGGUUGUUGUUAAGGGAAAGUUGAUGUCAAAAGUUCAGCCAUGCCCAACAGAGAAUAAGAUGGCAUCCUAUUGAACAAGAUGAUAAAUAUGAAGUCAGGCUGCCCUUUACAUUACACAAAGGAACACAUAGAUGGCUUUUCAGAACUACUGGGAUAGAGGGGUAAAUGGAUGCUAGUCAGACAGAAGAACCGGCUGGAUUGAUGCGGCUGGAUUGAAGUGGUAAAUAGUGACCUCACAUCAGCAGCAUGACUAAGGCUCAUGGAGUUGCAUCACAUUUCCUCUCCCUCCCCCACCAAAACUCUUUGAAUUUCCUCAGAAUCUACAUUUUUUGCCUAAUUACUAGUGUCCUGUGAAGGGAAGGAGAAAGGGUAAAGGUUGGUUGCAAGGAUGAUAAACUAAGGCAAGAAGGAGCUUGUCUGCUUAUGUAGAAAGAAAAAAAUAGCUGCAGUGUCAGUAAGAGGUCUGGAGCUUGAACCUAUGUCAGUACCAUAUGGGCUUUUCUUUGUAUCUAAGAUUCUACUUCUUUUUUCUUUUCUUUCACCUGCCCCUUAACAGGUUUCUCAGUACCACACACUAUGUAGAGUUAAUAUAAUCAACAAAAGUAACUCCUUACUUUGGGAUUUAAAAUUCUUCACAAUUCAGUGCCUACCUACCUCUCUCCUUUACUGGACCUGUGCCACCCCAAUUUACCUACCCAUCCUUGGAGCAAAUAGCUCCCCAGUCCUUGAAGAUGCAACAGACAUUCUUCCACCUCCGUGACUGUCAGGUUGAACCCCAUGCUUGCUGGACAUCCCUGUACCUGUCCCUAAUUAUUUUUGUACAUAUCCUGGCCCAGCUGAUUAGCUCCCUUACAGAACUCUUCCCAAACUUUGCAGUCAAAAUUAAUCUUACCCCUUGGUAAUUUGUAUUAUUUCAAUGACACCUGCUUUAGGUGUUAAUAUCUAACAAGUGCCCAAAGGAUGUUUGAUUUGAAAACAUGAAUAAAUCAAAGAAGGAGUGAAAGGAUAAAAAAAAUCUUAAUUAUCUUGCCUUUUCUUUAGAAAAUGGGAUGGAGCCUUUCUCAUAGACCUGUGAUGAUUCAUUGCAAUUGUGAAAAUAAAGCAUCUAGGACAUGUCAGACUGAGGCUUUUCCUUUUGCUCCUGGGUUAAGAGACCCUAAAAGUACCUAUCAUAGUGUCUAGUACAAGGACAUUCACAAAAAUUUUGUUGAAUAAGUUAUUUGCCAGCCUACAUUUUAAACUCUCAGGCAGAAUAUGGAGUGGAUUAAUCCCAAGCAAAUAAUCAACAAUUUUUGUCAUUGUCCUAGACUGAAGAAGGUAACUGUUUCCAUUCAAUUAUGAAGGUGCAAAGUGCUCAUUAGAAAAGCAGCACUACGAAGACUGUCCCGCUAUUUGCAAGUAAGCCAGACAUUUACCGUGCCAUUUUUAUUUUUAUAGCCGAAGCAAUCUAUGAGGAUUAAAAUGUAGCAUAUAGAAAUAGAAAACAAAUCAGACUUUCAGAUUUUCCCCAAAGACACUACAAUUUAGUAGUCCCUCACUUAUCUCGAACUGGGCAAUUUUUCAUGCUUCUUUUUAUGUGAUUACAAUAAUAGUCGCCACUUAUUGAACAUCUGUAUAUCAGCUACUAAACUAGGUGAUUUACAUGUUUAAUCUGAUGACUUACAUAUUGUUAUCUCCAUUCUAAAAAUGAGGAAACUAGGGCUUGGAGAGAAGGUAAGAAGCUUGCCUGGAGUCCCAGAUUCUGAACUGAGUGUAGACUGGAAUUUAGGUCUGCUGACUGUCAAGCCUGUUCAGAAUUUGCUUUCCAUGGGAGAAAACUGACAGUUCUUUAUUCCUUCUUCUCCUGAAGUCCUCCACUUCCCAGAUUUCCUACCAGUAACAUUGUUGUGCUUCUAAAAGCAUCCUCAUGUAUCUUAUUCUGAGAAGUACUGUUUUUUUCAUAGAUCUGUUAUUUUUAUGUCCUUAAACUCUCAUGACCAUCAGUUGGAAAGGCCAGGUUCAGAACCCUUAAUAAGACCUUUGGGUAAAGAACUGUGUGUGUUUGGAAUUCUUUUCUUUUUUCUCCCAGUCUGUCUGAAUUCCUCUUGCCAGGCCAAGUCUCACUUCUUUUGGGUAGCCUUUUUCAACUACACCAGGCCACCCUCAGCCUCUCCCCUAAUCUCUUGCAUUGUUUGAAAUUCUGCAGUUCAAUGUUUUCUUAAUGAAAGUAGACUUGAGUGGGUUCCCACACGUGACAGGGACUUUAUGUCCAGAACACAACCUGGCACAUGGUAGACUUUCAGAAACUGAGUUAAUGAUGAAUUGGUAAUGACUAAAAUGCAGAAGUGGAGGCACGAAAUAUUAUUUGCAUGUUGAUAGUUUGCUUAUAUUGUAGAAGAGGGAUAGAAAGAGAGGAUAAUUAUUUUCUUAGUUAAUUUUCACCCUUUUCAUGUAACUUCCAAAAGAGGAGAGUACCUUCUGGAAAUAUGCCAGAGCAGACCACUGUAAGCUGAGUUUUCUGAGCUUGACUAACACUGGCACUGAAUGAUUAUAGUGUUUAAUGAUUUUGGGUAGCGGGGUGGGGCAUUGUUUAGUACCUUUCCCUUUGCUGUCAUGCCAAAUCUCUCAGAUGUCAUGCACAUCUGAGAAAAUCAGAGGGGUUUCACUGGCUGCACUUAUUGAGGAAGAAGAAGGCUGGGGAGAGGAAGGAAGAUAAUUCAUUCUGUUUUCAUCAGAGCAGCAAGAUUUGUGUGGGGUAUAGAUUUGGCAUUCAUUACAUCAUGUAUUGAUAAGGGAUGGUUAAAAGGUCAGUAGCUUCUCGUCUUUGGGUGGAAGAGAGUUUCACCUAUCACUAGAUUGAACACAUUUCCUUAGGUUGACUAAACCUUCUUUUUCUCUGACCUCAAGGGUGCAGAGAACUUUGAAAGCCCUGGUAUAAACACAGUGUGCUAUGGGUUGUUAUAAGCACAUUAGUCAUGUUAAAGGAGAAUAGGAGAGUUCUUGGGAUCACUGAAUCUAUUCAGCAAGUCAUGUUCUGUGCAUCCAUAGGCCAGCAACAGUGUUCCAGCAGGUGUGUGAGAGGGUCACAUGCGAUACUUCAGAUUUCUCCUUCCUGUGGAGGCUAAAUUUGCUAUGGGUAGUUAAAGGGAAAGGGCCUACUUUUGAUUCAGAGAGUUACUUCAGAUAUACAUGGUCUUCUGAGAAGUUUAUCAGGAUCUUACCAUAAUUAUAAAACAGGAAUAAACUUUCUGGGUUUUAUUUGCUAAGAAAUGUUUUGCUUUGGCUCAUCAUCUCAGAGCUAUUUCAUGUGCUUAGCACAUCUUUGAUGCUUGAUGAAGUUUAGCAGGGCACUAUAGGAAGACUUUUCCAGUUGUUGAAAUUUUUUGUCCCCCAUACCUGGAAGCCUUUGUGAAUUUCAAAGAAUCACUUUAUUUUUGUUUUGCUAGUUUUGAAAAUAAUCCUUCAGGCAGGUAUUGACAAUGAUUUCUGAUAAUAGAAGGUGGUUUAGAAAGUAGAGGUGGUUUAGAAGGUAUUUAGAAAUAGAAGGUAGAAUAGAAAUUUCAUUAGAAUGUAAUCUUUACAACAGAGAAUCUAGAAUAAUGGGUAGUGCAUGGUAAGGGUUUGAUAAAUAUUUGUUGAAUGAAUGUGUUUUUUUUAAAUUUCAUUUUAAUUUGUUCCUAAAAUGAUGGCACAGACAAUUUUUUACAAUGAGGUGUGGGUAAGGUUGUAUGCUUAUAAAUUAUAUAAGCUGGGGAAGAUAGCUUACAUAUAUGUACAUUAUGUACAUAUAUAUAUAUAAAAUUUCAAAAAUAUUUUAGAGCAGUUUUAGGUUCACAGCAAAAUUGAGAAAGUAGAGUUCCUGUCUGCCUCCGGCCCUCACACAUGUACAGCCUCCCCCACUCUCAGCAUCCUGCUCCAGAGUGAUACAUUUAGUACAACUUAUGAACCUAUAUUGAUACAUCAUUAUCACCCAAAAUCAAUAAUUUACUUUAGGGUUCACUCUUGGUGUACAUUCUAUGGUUUUGACGAAUGUGUAAUGACGGGUAUCUACCAUUAUAGUAUAGUGCAGAAUAGUUUCACUGUCCUAGACAUCUUCUGUGCUCCACUUAUUUAUCCUUCCCUUCCCCUAACUUCUGGCAACCACUGAUCUUUUUACUGUCUCCAUAGUUUGCCUUUUACAGAAUGUCAUAUGGUUGGAAUCAUACAGUAUGUGACCUUUUCAUAUUGGCUUCUGUCAUUUAGCAGUAUACGUUUUAAGGUUUCUCCAUGUUUUUUCACGCCUUGAUAGCUCAUUUGAUGUUGUCGUGUUUUGGAUUUUGGCCAUUCUAAUGAGCGAGUAGUGGCAUCUUGUUUUAACUUGAAAUUCUCAAAUGACAUUGAUGUUUGUAUUAGUUCAUUCUCAUGAUGCUAUGAAGAAAUACCCAAAACAGGUAAUUUAUAAGGAAAAGAGGUUUAAUUGACUCACAGUUCUGCAUGUUUGGGAAGGCCUUGGGAAACUUACAAUCAUGGCAGAAGGUGAAGCAUGUCCUUCUUCACAUGGCAGCAGAAGAGAGAAGUGCCGAGCAAAGGGGGAAAAGCUCCUUAUAAAACCAUCAGAUCUUCUGAGAACUCUCACUAUCAUGAGAACAGCCUGAGGGUAACUGCCCCCAUGAUUCAAUUACCUCCCACCUGGUCCCUUCCAUGACAUGAGGGGAUUACGGGAACUACAAUUCAAGAUGAGAUUUGGCUGGGGACGCAGCCAAACCAUAUCAGUGUUAAAAAUCUUUUCAUGUGCCUAUUUGCCGUCUGCAUAUUUUCUUUGGUGAGGUGUCUGUUCAGAUCUUUUGCCCAUUUUUAAUUGGGUUUUAAGAGUUCUUUCUAUAUCUUGGUUAACAGCCUUUUAUCAUAUAUUUUUUUUGCAAACAUUUUCUCCCCACCUGUGACUCUUUUUCUUGUUUUUUUUUUUUAGUAUAUGAGCUUUCCCCAUCGUUUCAUUUUUUAGGGGGGGAAUGUGUGCCAGAUUUAAUUUAAUAUAAAACUAGUUUACUCCAGAACUGAGAAACCAAAAUGUGAAAUUAACUGGAAGACACACUCCCCUUUUACCGCCCCCCUUAUAACAAUAAGCAUCAGUUGAAUUUAACCAGACUGCAGCCACAGCCUACACUAGUCUGGGGGGCAGUUGCCACAGGACAUCCUUUGUUUCUGUUUCUCUACUUCCUAAUAUGUGCUUGUGUUUAUUGAUUGAAUUGGUGGUGUGGUAAGUAUUCCUGGUCAACACUUCCUGUAUGGCAUGUAAUCUUUACUAACUUUCUUAAGAGCCUUCAUUUGUUUCCCAGCCUAAUUCUGGACCUUUAGGGAAAGGGUUUUCUAGGCUGAUGAUUCUAUGUAGGUGAGAAGAGAAAUCAAGAAAUCCAUGCCUUUCUUGUUGUAGUAAGAAAAACAGAACAAAACAUGAAACUCUUGAAAACUGCCAGAGAAUAAAACUUUAGUCUGAAUAGCCACUCUUAAUGUUAAAUGCAAGUCUCCCCGGUAUUUGAAUGCACUCCCUGCCCUGCCUCACCCAGCAACUUCUUUAGUCUCAUAAUUGCUUUGAAGAUUAAAUGUUGGUCUUUCUUCAUUCAUCAUUUAAUUUCUGUGACUGCUAGUCCCAAUUUUCCUUGGGUGGGAGAGAAGUAGUUGUCCUGUCAUAGUGGGACAGUCUGGUAGCAUUCCCCACAAUGAACAUAAACAGCACUGUGCCACCUCUGUUUGCACAGCUGAAUCAAGGGUUAAACCCUUGGAGUGGAGGGAGGACCCACACAGGGGCAUUUGAUACAAACAAAGCGUGCUGGCAUUUGGGCCAAGAGAUGUAGAAUUCUUUUUUGAGAAUGGUCUGCCUAACUUUUGAGGCUAAUUGCCAUUUCCUGUCAUGGCUACCUAUUUAGCAGGGUAAUAAAGCAUGUUUGGCUCCUGGUGCUAACAGGUUAUUGGAUCCAGUUGGGAGAGUUAGGUUGUCUCUAUGACUCUACCUUACCUGAUGUGAUUUUGCCAAAUCACUAGAUUUCCUAGUCUUUUUAGGUCUUCCUUUUGAGACUGAGGGGAAGAAAUAAUUACUCCUGAUUUUAUCCAUUUCAAGAACUAUUUGAAGGUCCAUUGUGUGAGGGAAUUAUCAAAGUGAAUAAAAUGUUUGUUCCCAUAAGGAACUUACAGUUGGGAGGUGGUAGGAGAAAAAGGAGAGCCAAAAAUAAGAUAUGAAUUAUUGUAAGUAUGAUUCUAUUUAAAAAACUAAUAUUAGGCAGAAUAAGAAAAAGUAUCUUAAGUUAUACAAAGUGAAAAAAUAAUAAUAAUUCUAUCUGAGCACUUACUAUCCCUAUAAGGUAGGUUCAGUUGUUCUCUCCAUUUUAUAGAUGAAGAAAACUAAGGCCAAAAGAGGUUGAACAAUUUGCUUAAGGCUAACAGCUAGACUGGAUUCACACAGGUCGUAUGGCUCCAGAAUCUUGUUUGGUUUUUGGUUUUUUUGAGACAGGAUCUUGCUCUGUCACCCAGGCUGAAGUCCAGUGGUGUGAAUACCUACUGGGCACAAGCAAUCCUCCCACCUCAGCCCUCCAAGUGGCUAGGAUUACAUGUGUAUGCCACCACUUCUGGCUUUUUUUUUUUUUUUUUUUUUUGGAGCGACAGGGUUUUGCCCUGCUGCCCCGGCUGAUCUUGCACUCCCGAGCUUAAGCGAUCCACUGGCUUUGGCCCCCAAAAGUGCUGGGAUUACAGGCGUGAGCCACUAUGCCUGGCCAGAAUCUGAGCUUUUAACCAUUACAGGUGCUGCUGCCUCCGGAAAAGGACAGACUGUAACCCAUGCUUUGAGGACGAAAAGCAUCUCAGGAAGGGAAAACAGGGUGCCUUCUGGGGGAUUUAAAGCAACCCUUUUGGGCUGGGGUUAGGGGACAGAGGUUAAGAUGAGGUAAGAGAGCCUUGGGCUACAUUGUUAAUGACUUGGAGUCUGUGCUUAUAUGACAAAGUCACUUAGGGGUUUCUGAGCAGAAUAAUAAAGUGACAACAUUUUAAGAUUGAUGCGGUAGUGACAUGUAGGUGCAUGUAACUAGUAAGAGUGUGUACUGCAGUGAUAGUGGCAACUGAAAAAAAGAGAAAAGUGAAAAGAACAUGGCAACUGAUUUGAUUGAAAGGGGUGAGGGACGGGUCAAAAUUGAGUCCAUGGUUUUGAGCUUCUGAGUAAGAACAAAGACGGCUUUAACAGAAAUGGACACUGCCAGGAGGAGCUGAUUUGUAGCGAAGAUUCAAGAAAGGAACUAAUACUUGUUUUUAAAUCUGACAUGGGCCAGAUACAAUACAAAUGGAAAUUCAUUGAGUCUUUAUAGCAUCCUUUCAAGGUAGCUUGUUUUCCCCUAUUGUGUAGAUGAUCAAACUAAGACUCGAAGAGGAAAUAGCUGUCCCGGGGCACACCAUGUGUCAUGGCAGACUUCUACUUUAACCCGUGCUGUUGACUCCUUCGCAUGUGCUUUUCCUGUUUCUGCUGACUCCUGUCCUUUGUCACAUGGGACAUGUGGGACAGCACCUCAGGACUGGAAGGGACGUUCAGCCUCCUCAGUUGUAAUGCUUGGGGCAUCAUGAGAAAUGUGGAUCUGGAGUGCAGGUCAGGGGUUGGGUGAGAGGUUCAAAUUUGUGAGGUCUUUGGAUAGAAGAGCUGUAUAAAGCUACAGGAAGAGGCAAAACAGUUGAGGGAGAGGGAGAAGAAAUGGAAAAAAGACCCUUGAAGGCUGACCUAUUUUAGGAGUUAAGAAGAGGAGACAGGGUGGUCAGUGAAGUAUGAGGAGGACCAGGACAGUGCAAUAUUGUGGGUGCUAAGCAAAGAGAAUUUCCAAGGAGAGUGUCUCAACAAGAUUUUCUGGGCCAUUUACUGAACUCCUAUUAAAUGCCAAGCACUUUACAGUGUUGAUGGUGAGAUCAAAGCAGAAGAGGAGACCACUGCAUGUGGAAGGUAGAAAUACAUAGCUGAUAAUUGAUGUGGGUCUGGAUCACUAACUAAAUGUUAGCAAUUAACACUGUCUGCUGAGGUUGUCCCAUCUGGAAGCCCGAGUUCACUGGGAAACUGUGAGAGUGUGGUGGUGAUGUUAAGUUUUUCACUAGGGCUCACUAGCGCUUAUUCCUCCUUUUCCCAAUAGCCUGUAAGAUUUAUUUGGCCAAAAAAUGGCAUUGCAGGAGAAAAUAUAAUAUAGUUUGAUAAUUGGUUUUAGUAAUUUAAAAAUGAUACUGCAGAAUGAGGCAGUCUCCCCUUUUAAUGAGUUUCAUAGUUUGAAUAGAAAAAUGUCUUUAAAGAUUUUUUUAAAUGGUAUAACCAGUACUAUUGAGGCUUCAUGGUCUUCCCCUCUCCUUUCUCUCUCUCUUUCCUCUCUCUCUCUCUCUCUCUCUGUCUCUUUCUCUCUCUCUCACACACAUACACACACACAGACGAUGACUUUUUUCAAAUAGUAUACAAAGGACUCAGUAUUAUUCAGUGUUUACUCUAACACUCCAUUAAGUCAAUGCUAAUUCAAACAACUGCUUUUUUUUUCUAGACAACAAGAUGUUCUGUUUUUCUCUAGUAAAAACAGCAGAGAAUCCAAAACCUGUUAAGUCAGAGAUCACUUCUGAGGAUCACAUGAAGUUAAGUUUGAAGAACAUUUUCUAUGUUUUUUUCUAGAGGAAAAAUAACUGAAACUACAAUAGGAAAAAAAUUAUCAGAAGUCAGGAAGAAAACAAGAAAAAUGCAGUCAGUGAAAUGCUGUCACUAAAGCCAGAGCACUAAACUCAUGAAUAUGACAGAGCGGGUUGGGAGAAUCUGGUGCAAGGGAGAUUGUACCUAAAAGGAAUCCAGUAAUCUGAAGGGUGGCCCCAUCCUCUACCAACUUAACACCUUUGUGAAUUCAAGUGAUGAGAUUUGCUCAUUAUCUGUGGAUACAUUCUCUACAGCAAAAUGUACUUGGAGUGGUGCUGUCCCUGCCACCGGGCACACAUCUAUACAACUUCCCAUAUGGGGACUGCAAAGCUGUUAAAGCACAGGGUGGAGCUAAGAAACUGUAUUUGUAGUAAUGGGUCACAUUGGAUGAACUGAGUCCUUGAUCCCAUGGUGCAGUUAAAUGUGAACUAGGCCUCCCUAUGUUGCAGUUUUGUGUAACUCCCAGAAUGCCCUUCUUUAUCUGGGUAUUUGCAUGUUAUUCUUUGCAGGCAAGAUAACUUUGCUAACACUUUGAAGAUUUGUUAGGAAAGAGUUGAUGACUUUGUCCAGAUUGUAAUUCUUUUUCCUUUGAGAGGAGAAGGAUUAACUAACAAAGCAUUUUGUGUACUGGGUAGGUUAUGGUUUGAUUAAUGUGAUUUUACUCACUGCCCAAGUAAGCAGCUGAUAGGAGCCAUAAACCUGGGGUCAAGCUUAUAAAUUAGAUACGUCCAAGAGAGGCAGGGUGUUACAGUCUUGAGGAACAACUUCCCUCCCUCUUAGUGCACCUGUCACAUAAUGUGAGUGACUAGGAAGUGAAGAGCAGGUGAACUAAUGAUGCUGGGAGACCCAAAUCACAAGUGUGAAUUAGCCAAGCACCAAAGGUUAUGUUGGAUUGAGUAGCAAGGGGAGAUUGAAACCAAGGUUAAUAUGCCAGUGAUUUAGGCUCGUGUCUGCCCUUAACUGGUGUGUUCAUGAGCAAUUUACUUAACCUUUCCUGGUCUCCAUUGCCUGACUCAUCUGUAAAAUAGGGUGUUAGGUGAGAUCACCAAAGUGGUGAUCUCAGGCAGGUUCCAUUUGCUAGGUCCCUCGCUCUCCAUAUGUGUUUGAAAUUUACUGAUAUUUUUGUCUGUGCUACUGCCUGCUUUUGGACUUACUGCCAUUAUCUUCUCUUUUCCACCAGCACGCCAAAAGAUCUUGUGGCAUAUAGUGGUGAAAUUGCUCUUAUCCCCCUUACCCAAAACCACUCUGUAUCAUUUUCGAAUUGUUAUGAUAAGGAAAUGUAUCAUGAGUCCUUUGUAAUAGUGGUUUAUAACAGGGUUUUUGUUUUUGCUCCACGGAUCCUUUCAGAGUCCAAGAAAAAGCUAUGGGCCUUCUCAUCAGGAGAAAGUGUCUACAGACACAUUUCCAUACGGCUGCAGGGAGUUCACGGAUUCUGAAGGCCCUCAGGCUAAGAACUCAUGCUCAAGAAAAAUACCAUUAUUCUAUUUGCAAGUUUGUAUAGUACUGUUGCUCUCUUUGGGAAAUGCUAGGAACUAAAGGUCUCUCUACUUUCCCCUUUCUUUGCCAUUUUUGUCACCGUUGCAUUGUUAUUGAAGAAAGUGGAUCAUGUGUGUUACAUUCUUUCCUAUGAUCUGGUUUUUGCUGAUAAUCUGUUAUUUUUAAGGAAAUAAGAGUAACAGGGAUUCCUGGUCACCUCCCUUGCUCUUUUCUUCCUGGAUGAAACAAGAAGAUAAUCAGGGUAUCUGUGCACACCAGGACUCAGAAGACAAAGGGAUGGGUUCUGAUUUUGAGGACUCUGAGGGCAGGGAAGGGGACCCAGAAGAAAGAGAAAUGGGCUCUAAUCCACAUGACACAAACAAGAGAGAAGGCCAUCUGGAGCUGGAGAUGGGCUCCAACCCACAGGACUCAAGGCACAGGGAAGCAGUGCCCGACAUAUGCACAGAGGGGCAGCUGAGUGAGGAAGAAGGCGUUUCUGUCCGUGGGGAAGAGGAUGACCAAUCUGGUGUAGCUGACAUGGCGAUGUUCCCAGGACUGUCUGAGUCUGACAGCAUAUCCCGGAGCCUCCGGGAGGACGACGACGAGAGUGCUGGGGAGAACCGGCUGGAGGAGGAAGAGGAGCAGCCGGCCCCUCCCGUACUUCCCUGGAGGCGACAUCUCUCCCUGGGGAGUCGGCACCGAGGUGACAAGCCCGCCCACCGCCGCUUCCACCGGCUCCACCACCCCAUGGCCGUGGACCUCGGGGAGCUGGAUAGCCUGGUGGCCAGCAUCAUGGACGCGCCCACCAUCUGCCCCGACUGCGGGGAGAGCUUCAGUCCUGGCGCCGCCUUCCUGCAGCACCAGCGCAUUCACCGCCUGGCUGAGGCCGCUGCCGCCGCCAGCCUGGAGCCCUUCGGCCUGGCGGGCGAGUGCGACGCGAUGGUGGGCAUGAUGGGGGUGGGUGUGGCGGGGGGCUUCGGGGCCGGGCCCCCGCUGGCCCGGCCCCCGCGCGAAAAGCCCUUCCGCUGCGGGGAGUGCGGCAAGGGCUUCAGCCGCAACACCUACCUGACCAACCACCUGCGCCUGCACACGGGCGAGCGGCCCAACCUGUGCGCCGACUGCGGCAAGAGCUUCAGCUGGCGCGCCGACCUGCUCAAGCACCGGCGCCUGCACACGGGCGAGAAGCCCUACCCGUGCCCCGAGUGCGGCGAGGCCUUCAGCCUCAGCUCGCAUCUGUUGAGCCACCGGCGCGCGCACGCGGCGGCCAGCGGCGCGGGGGCGGCGGCGCUGCGGCCCUUCGCCUGCGGGGAGUGCGGCAAGGGCUUCGUGCGCCGUUCGCACCUGGCCAACCACCAGCGCAUCCACACGGGCGAGAAGCCGCACGGCUGUGGCGAGUGCGGCAAGCGCUUCAGCUGGCGCUCGGACUUGGUGAAGCACCAGCGCGUGCACACGGGCGAGAAGCCCUACAUGUGCUCCGAGUGCGGCGAGACCUUCAGCGUCAGCUCGCACCUCUUCACGCACAAGCGCACGCACUCGGGUGAGCGGCCCUACGUGUGCCGCGAGUGCGGGAAGGGCUUCGGGCGUAACUCGCACCUGGUGAACCACCUGCGCGUGCACACCGGCGAGAAGCCCUUCCGCUGUGGCCAGUGCGAGAAGCGCUUCAGCGACUUCUCCACGCUCACGCAGCACCAGCGCACGCACACGGGCGAGAAGCCCUACACGUGCAUCGAGUGCGGCAAGAGCUUUAUCCAGAGCUCCCACCUGAUCCGCCACCGCCGCAUCCACACGGGCAACAAGCCGCACAAGUGUGCGGGCUGCGGCAAAGGCUUCCGCUACAAAACGCACCUCGCGCAGCACCAGAAGCUGCACCUGUGCUAGGGGCUGGGUCCGCGGGAGGCUGCCGUCUGGGGAGCCUGUGGGAGGUAGAUAUCCUGGGACUGACCCAGGGGAAGGAAGUGGGGAAGGGGCGGGAGGGACAAUCUGAGAGUGACUGGGGAGCCUUUGGUGUUUGGGGUUUCCUGAAGUGGGAGGAGUGUUGGGUAAGUUGGUCUUUCCCGGUGCUAUACUUGCCUCCUCUCCAUGGAAGAACUGUUCAGGAGAUGCGCUUGGGGUGAUGACUUCCUUAAAUACACGCUGUAGGGGGUGAAGAGCUUGGAGGACCAGGCGCUUUGAGGACCUUGAGGAAGGGCAGUUCGUGGGCUGGGGUGGGAACAGGAUGGCGGGCAAUAGACUAGGGUAGGCCGCGAUGGCCUGUAGAAGGUUGCGGGGAGAGGGUUUACAUGAGGGUUAUGGGGCGAAAUAAAACCAAGUAUAAGUGAUUCUAUCUUGGUCCCACCAAGAGUUUGCCCGAUCUCCACACAUCACCUGUUGUCUCACAAAAAGUAGGGGAACCUUGUCAGUCACAUAGGACAGGAUAUUUAAUGUACUUUUCCUUUCUCUGAGCCACAGUUAGCUGCUAUUUUGAGGCAUCCAAGGGAAAGUGGGCUGAAAAACGCCACACUCAUUUCAAGGGGCAAUGUCUGGGGUUUAGAAAUUCAUUUAUAACUGGUUCUCUGAUGUGGGAAAUCCUGAUUCUGUCCCGGGUUCUUUGCUACUUCCUUGAAAAUACUCUAGCUUCAUGCUGGGUCAAGGUGGUUUACCUGGAUGACCCCCCUCCCCCGCCCUCGCCCCAUCCCAGGUGUGUGCCACACCCAGUAUUUCUUUCAGGUCUCAACGGUGGUGUUUUAAGUGCAGGGAAAGGGAGCAAUCACAGCUAUGUGUGACUUUCCUUUUCCCACCUCACCUUGAUGUAGGUGUUUCAAGUGAACUUUAGACCAGCAGUUGCCCAGUGACCUGCUAAAAAGUCAACUAGCUCAGAGUUUUGCUGGCCUUUAUGUGAGAAAUCCAAGAAAGUGUUCACUUUUUUUGGGAUGCAAGACUCCUUGGUCUCAUUUGCCUUCACUUUGCAUUUGUUAGUGACCUCCACUAACCCCCACUUCCAUGCAUAUUGACGAGGGAUCUAGUCUAAGUAAGAAUGUCUUUUGCCUGCGCGUGGAGGCACAGUAGAAAUCUCAAGGCUUUACCCAGAAGAGCCCAGUCAGGGAGAGGUGUAAAUGCAAAAUUGCCAAAUAGCACAAACAAUGAAUGUUUUCUGGUUGUUAUAUAGAUGCCAAAAUAGCACUUUGAUAUUUGCAAAGUGCUUUAUGCUUUUUAAUAAUUGUUAGUUGUUUCUCACAUCAUUGUGAGUUAGAUCAGUAUUAUGACCGCUGUCUUAGGGAAGGCCUGGGAACAGGAGUGUGCAGGCUGUCCUGAAGAGAGGCUGAGGACAGUGUGAAUAAUUGUAGCCUGACCUUUUGCAUUCUCCAGCUCAGCUGCUAGGAAGACUUACUUGUCAUGAUUUAUAUAAUAAAAUAAGGACACCGAAAAUUCUUAUGCUUGAUGAAAAACUUAAGGCUAGCCUAGAAGGGCCAAACAUGUCCUUAUUGACAAAGCUGGUCUUUGUCGCCUAAUUAGGGUAUCCUAGCUAUGUUCCAUUUCUAGUAAGGGCCUGUAGUUAGAUGACUCUUGUAUAGAUUUCAGUUACUUAUGCUGAAGAUCCCUGUGCUAGGUUAGCCUUUAGAAGUUAGAGUUGUGGAAAGCGGUAUUGUUUUCUUCACUAGUGAUUGUUACCCUACACAUUUCAUGGAAGCAUCUUCACAAAAUAUUGGACACAGUGGAAGGGGGCAAAAAAGCUACGAGAUUGUUUUUACACUUUUAGCAAAGUUUCUGUGGAUGCUAGUAAUUUAUACUUGAUCAGUUGUAUUCUAGUAAAGAACCUCUUUGGGGACUGUAGGAAAGCAUGUUUUUGUGGUUAUUAAAACACUUAAAAAUCCUGAUAAUUCUGGGCUUGGAUAAUGCCUGUUGAUCUUGCCCUCUUAAUCAGUUUAUUGUUAUUCACAAAUGCAAAUAAGUUUUCAAACUAUAGACAGUUUUCAAAGACAUUAAUUCUCGUUUUCUUCUAGUCAGGAGUAAUACAAGCAAACAAGUGUCCGUUUUGAAUUCUGAUUUGUAAUCUGAAUACUAAGCAUAUUAGACCCACCUGAAAAUAAUAUAGCCAAUUUCUAGGUAAUCUUACUGCUUUGUGGGUUUCUUUCCAUGUACAUCUACCUCUUCCAGCUGUUUUAAGUUUUCUCAAGUCUGUGCCUAUGAAAUCUCAUCCAACUUUUGAUUAUUCAUGGAUUGAUUAUCCGCUUUUUUUUGUUUUUUUGCUGCCAUUGCUAUGCCUGGUCUCGUCUGCAUGAAAUAUACUACAUAUCAGCAACUUUAGAGAAUGGGUUCAACAGGGAGUGGAGAGUGAAGCUAAUGUAAAAUAGUUUAGUGGCAGUGGGAAUCUUUGGACUUCAUUUACCUCUCUCAUUAUUUCUAUUACCAUGGAUAAGAAAGUCAGCUGCUACGUUGAUAUCCCUUCUAUGAGCACAUUCUUAGCAGAAGAAAACAAUCCAACUACCAACACCCGACUCUAUUGGUGCAUUUAAAAUGUGAUUCCAUUUUUUCUUACAAUUCUUCAGGGAACUUACCUGCAUUAAGUGAGGUUAAAUGCAUUCAGGAGGUUGUUUCUUCUAUCUAGUUUUAGAAUAAUAUUUCUUUGGCAAACCCUGCUAACUGCGGUUCACCCUUGAAAACGUUAAUCUGAGGACUUUUUCCACCAACUCAUUAAUGAUGGUGGAAGCAAGUGUAUUAUUUGUUUCCUGGAGAAUUUGAUGAAGAGCAGUCUUCCUCUGCUGCCCUUUACUAAGCAAAACCUGGAGCAGUUUAAAUAGGCUAAAUGGUUUUGAUUAAAUCUUGAGCUCCGAGUUGGAAGGAGAAAAUGAGAAGUUAACCCCUUGAGCCAUGUGGUCUCUUUACAAUCAAGAGACUGUACAUAUGUGAAAAAAUACAAAUUAAGGACCUGUGUUCAUAGACAAUCUAAACUGUGUUUCUGAAGUUUGUGCACAUUUUUCUUCACUGUAAUGUUAUUUUACAGCUGUUUGUUAAAAUAGUGAAUAAUUUAAUGAUCGUAAAAGUAACAGGUUUCGUGUGAGUGUGCUUGUAUAUGUGAGAAUUGCCUUAUUUUCAGGUUGUUUUAUUUAACGAUGGUUCCUUGGACAGCAUUCUGGUGUUCAGCAACCAAUAUGGAAUAUUUGUCAUUAAAUCCAUAUCAGUCUUUUA